GGUCCUCUCACGCCGACAACGCAGCCGCCAUGGCAGCCCCUUCCCGCAAAAUGGAAUGCCCGCGGCCGGAAUCGAACCUGAGACACUUCCCGCUACGCCAUCCAACGGCUCAGAGCUGUCGCAUACGUGGCAGGCAAUCAACGGCUCUCCUUUGGUUUCAUGGGGAAGCUAUGGCGAUGGUGGUGGCGCGCGUUCUCGCUGUCGAAGUAGGGCUCCUGGCGAGGAAUUGAUCGCAGCCCAAGUCGGGAAUCGGUGGGGAUCAGCUGCCCAGGUGGAGAAUUUGCGUCGAGGAUUGGCGAAAUCGAUGAUGCACUUCCGGAGCUUCGAAGAGUUCUGGCCCUUUUACAUGAAUCAGCACUCCAAGCCGACGACGCGGCGAUUGCAUUUCUUGGGCACGAGCUGCGCGACGAUCCUGCUGGUGGGCGCGCUGCUGAUUAAGUGGUGGCUCUUCUUCCUGGUGCCAGUGGUGGGCUAUGGAAUGGCGUGGUACAGCCAUUUCUUCGUGGAGGGCAACACGCCGGCCACAUUUGGGCACCCGCUCUGGUCGUUUAUGUGCGAUUGCAAGAUGUUUGGAUUGAUGCUCACUGGAAACAUGGACAAGGAGAUCAAGCGCUUGGGGAAGAGGCCAAUCUCACAGGAGGUUGGUGGAGCAGCUCGCAAGGAAUGAAAAUUUCUUCCAACUUUCAGAUGAUUAGCCGUUUGACUUGAUGAUCCCAAAGCCGCCGAUCCCAUCGCUGUUUAUAGCCCACUCUUAUCUCUGGAAAUUCUAUCAUCUAUCCAUUUCAUCCGCUAAAAUCUACUGCUAGUUACAAGA